AUGUCAUCAGCUGCGAAGCGCCUGACCUCAAUCUUCAGCCUGUCCUCUCUGAACCUGGCCGAGGCAGCCAAGGAGGAGCCGCCUGCUACCACAGAGACGACCGAGUCUGGUUCGAGAGGCAGACGCCGCUCCAUUUCCGCUAGGCUCAGCAGAUCCCAGAGCCGCGAUCGCUCGUCGUCAGCUCAGCCGCCUCCGUCAGCAGAAGAGCCGCCCGUCCCUCCCAUUCCGCAGGGCAUCGAGCGCCAGUCGACCAUCCGCAGCAUCACCGACGAUGGCGGCGACCUCCUCCCUCCCCCGCCCGUCCGCGUCGACUCCGCAUCGCGCUCCUCGUCCAGAAACUCGUCGCGACCCUGCAGCGACUUCCGCCCCGGCAGCGUAGCAUCCCUCCGCCCCGAGUCCGUCCUGCUCCAGGUCACCGCCGACGGCCACCUCGACCCCGGCAACGCCGCUCAGGCGAACAAGCUCAAGAGAAAGUCGUUUUUCGGAAGAGUGAGAAAGAGCGAGGCGGAGCCGACGGGACCCCAGGCCUGGAUUGUGGGCCACGAGGGCAAGCCCGAGUACAGCGUCUCCUUGCUUUCGAACGGGGAGAAAGUGCCGGAACUGUGGGACGAGCAAGGCGACACGUAUGUUUACGUGUAUCCGCCGACAUCCGGCCACGGUCCCAGUUUCAAAGUGGAUUCCACCAUCUACGCCUCGUCGACUGUCCUUACACAGCUUGCCUAUGGCGGAAUCUACAGCAACCCGGCCGUGGUGGCGGGAGGCGACAGGAGAGGGACCCUCGACACACAAGUCCAGAGCAUGGACAUGAAUGCCCAGAACUCAUCGCCGAUCUCGCCGAACACCCCGCGCGCCUCCGACAUUGAGAGCGAGGACGUCAGCUCCAAGGCUUCCAGGGAGUUGAUGAACGACUCCCUCGAACUCCCGGGCUCCGAAAUCCAUCUCUACCUUCCUCUGAAACUUAGCAGCGAUGGCCAGAUCCCGACGCCAGGCGGAACUCAGCCGCCCAUGACCCCCGACGAUCUGGAGACGCUUGUCGCCACGCGGAACCUGUUUGCCUUCUUGGUCGGCCAGUCUUUGGUCGCAACUCCCACCCGCCAGUCCAUCUUUGCCAUUUUCCUACAGAUCUCUGAGAUGUUGAAGUAUUACGAGUUCUCUAACCUGGAUGGAUCGACUUUUGGAGAAAUCGCCGCUUCCAGUUUCGACAGCUAUGUUGAGGAGCUGCAUCUAGCCGAUGUUAGGGCCAGUCGCGAGAAGACCAUCGAAGGCAUCGUGCUAGGCGAGCGUAUGCGCUCCGUGAUGCUCUACAACGAGGCUUUCGUGCACGCUGUUGGCAAGUAUGAACAUAUCAAGACCCUCGGAAACCCCAAGUUCAACAUGAUUUCUCAAAACACUCGUGACCGCAUGGAGCGAGCAUCCAUGGACUUGGAAAUUAGAUUCAGGAACUUCACCUCCAGAUUGGUUGAUUUCGACUUCCCCGGUGUCUUCUCCGGCAUCAUGAACAGCAAGACCGCCGAGGAGCGCAAGGUCGUCAGAUUCGAGGCUUGGCGCAACGCCUUCAUGACUACCCGGAAGCACAUGCUCAACUACUACAAGUCCAAAUACGGCGCAUGGCCACCAAAGGCGAACUCGAAGAAAAACAGCUUGGAGACGGACGGCCUGAACAGAAUCGUCCUCCAGGACCUUUACCACGACUUUUCCUGCCUCUAUGAUCUCCUUGUUGACCGCGAGAACCUGACGACGCGUACGAUGGAUUCUCCCCCGACGGACGAAGAAGCAGGCGAGCCGAUGGUCCGCGCCCUGCGCCUGGUGCUUAGUGAAUAUGACCGUAGCGUGCCGCCAUUCCAGCCGCCAGUUCCGUUCGACUGUCCCAUGAUUCCCGAUCUCUCCAUGACUCGUAGUGACUUCGGCACUGGAGACGAGAAGAAGGACGCCAAGGCCCGCAAGAAGGAUCUCAAGGACGACGAACGAGUCCAGUUGAUGAAGAAGACCCACAACGAGGACGCUGAUAUUUCCACUCCUUUCCUGGACUCUUUCCGCGCCUUGGAGAAGUCAUCCAUGCAUCGGAAGAACAUCGAAGAGAUUCGCGAUCAGCGCAUCGGCCAUUGGCUCUUCAUGUACGCUGUCAUCCAGUCACUGCCCAUGCUCGUCAUCGACGCGCCCGGUGUCAAGUGGAACAAGGGCGUCGAAUACUUCCUGUGCGAGCCGCCGCGUUCCGGAGUGCCGUGGGCCAAGGACGUCAAGAACCAAGGACGCGCAUGGUAUGGCAUUGCGGGCGGCUCCGGUGUGGUUGCGUUGCCAUCAGAUGUUGUCGAGCACGGUGUCGAAGGCGUGUACCGCCGCAGCCACUGCUGGCAAAUGGCGGAGAAAUGGAGCCUGGACCAAAUGGAGCAGCCUGGCAUGGGCGGCAUGGGCGGCAUGGGCGGUAUGCCCGGCAUGCCCGGCAUGCCCGGAAUGCCCGGCAUGAUGCCCACAGCGGUUGGCGAAGACCUCAACGAGCCCCUUCCGGAGCCCGGCAUGCCCAGACUCCGGGCAGGCUCAAGGGCCAGCAGCAUCGAUCGCCGCAGCCACGUUCGCGAAAGUGUGAUGCUUGGCUUGGAGGCGCUGCCGCUACCUACUGGUGUGUCUCCGACGGGCGAGAUGCCUCGCCCGGUCAGCAGCCACAGCAACGAUCCCACGAAGACAUUUGACGCCAUCAUCGGCGCGACACCGCAGAAGGGAAAGAAGAGGGAGAAGUCGAGGCUUGCCUCGUAA